AUGUUAUUUAUCUUGUAUGGAAUAUUGUUUGUACAAUAUUUCAUUGGUAUUAAUGCAAAAUGGGUAAUUGAUGUUGAUUCAUCUAUUAUUAAUGAAAUCAAUGAAAAUCCAUCAAUUGGUUAUUUAAUUAAAUUUCAUGCUCCAUGGUGUGGACAUUGUAAACAUUUCGAACCUGUUUAUGAAGAAAUAGCCAAAGAAGUGAAUGAUUUAUCAACAGAUAUUGAUGAAUUAAAAGAUAUUCGUAUUGUACGUAUUGAUGCAACUGUUUAUUCUGACGUUGCUAAUUAUUAUGAUAUACGUGGUUUUCCAACAAUAAAAUUUAUUCGUGGUUCACAAAUAUAUUCCUAUGAAAAUGAACGAUCAAAAGUAGCUAUUUUAAAUUUUUUAAAACGUGUUAACGGACCAGCAUUACGUUGGAUAUCAUCCAUUGAUAGAUUUAAUGAAAAACGUCAUGAACAUGAAGUUUUUUUUCUACUUGUAACAACACCAACAAUUGAUGAAGAUGAUAAUAAUGAUCAAUUAAGAAAAGAAUAUGAAGAUAUUGUUAAUCGAUAUUUAAGUCAAGCUUAUUUCUAUGCAACAAAUACAUCAGCUAUUAUCGAAACAUUCUUUUCGAAAUAUCAAUUCGAUGAUAAAUCUCAAAUAUUUGCAAUUAAAAAUGAAGAAAUUUAUCUCUAUCAACCACAUAUUUAUAAUAAUAGUUUAGAAGAAUUUAUUAUUAAAGAAAAAGUUGCAAGUUUUCCACAAAUUGCAGCUGGAAAUAUAUAUGAUUUAAUUUUAACGAAAAAAAUCAUGAUUAUUUAUGGAUUUAAUCAAGAACCCGAAGGUUCUCGUCGAGUACAAAAAAGAAACGAUGUUAAAUCUCAGAUAUAUAGUUAUGUGACUAACUAUACUUCUUUACUUCAUGAUACAUUCCAAUUUGCAUGGACAAAUGAUCUUGAACUACUUAGUAAUAUUGCUGUAUGGACAGUUGAAGAACCACUUGUAUUUCUCUAUGAUAGUGAUCAUCGUAAAUAUGGUAUUUAUCCUUUGUUACCUAUAAUCAAUGAUAAGAUUGAAAUAGAACCGAUUCUUAAUUAUAUUAUUUCUAAUUAUUCACAAAUUAUUUGUCAUACGGGUAAUACAUGGUCAAAACGUUUAAUUCGUCCAUUUUGGGAAUUAUAUCGAACUGUAAUUGCAAUGUUUAUUGAAGCACCAUUUAUUUCAAUGCUUGUUAUUGGUCUUCCUGCAUCUGUUUUAUCAAUUGUUUGCUAUUGUUUAUGUUGUUUACCAAAUGAAGGCAUGAUGAACGAAACAGAAUAUAAUUAUGAACAGAUGAAAAAUGUUGAAAAUAUUGAAGGUGAUGAAGACGAAGAUGAAGAUGAAGAUGACGACAUAUCAACAUUACCAAAUAAGUCAGAUGAUAAAGAAAAAACAUUAACUAAUAAAAAAGAUGAUUGA